AUGCUCAAGGCCUCCCACAAAAGGAAGCGGAGGGGCGUCAAGUCAUUUUACAAAUGUGUUUCAUCGAGGAAAACGGCGACAAAGGCGUUCAUUGUUCGAUGCAUGGUCGGGCAUUGUCGUGGAGAAGAAUUGGAUUCUUUCAUUGUUGUCCAGUGCCAGCCAUUGGUACUGAGAAGGAAAACGACACUUGAAGAGGACGACUUUUUUGAUUUGAUCGAUCAUGAAACUCCAACUUUUCCACAAUUCUUAAAUUGUUUGGAAUGUCGAACGACGGCAGGAUGGCGGAGCUUAAGUUCGCCGAAAAUUUUUCAUGUUGCUGUAAGGGGAGAGCUGUGA